GACUCGAGGUAACUUCCUCCCCUAGUUUGUGGCUUUUCGCCUUCGCGGCGCUGCGAGUUGUGGAGUCCAGACGGCGCUAAUGUGUGCGGAGGCAUAACGAACAACAUGCCCCCUCACUGUUCCUCCCUCCUGGACCCGACCAGCGAGUGAACUCGUCACUUUUUGUUCUUUGUCCUUUUCCCUCUCUUUCGUCCGCACCGAGCGACGAUGUUGGCGUCGGGCAGACUCUGCUCUCCUCACUUUGGGAAACAAAUCGGGUUCUUGUCGGUGAAUCGUCCGGAGAUGGAAGAGUAGCUCGACCGGUGUCGGUCACCGAGCCUCCACUACAGCACUUCGAUGAAGCGAGCCACCAGGUCUACAGUGACAGCUGGGGACAUGUUUCUUUUGGUCUUGAUCGUCCUGGUCCUUCCCUGUUCUUGCUUGGAAGGUGAGGGCAGUGUGAGAGACACUAUAUGUUUGUGUGAGGGAUCGUCUUGCAGCACUGGGGUUCGGUGUUUUGGCCAGCAGUGCUUCACCUCCCUCUCCAUACUCAACGGGACUUCGGCCCUUCAGAAGGGCUGCAUUGUGGGUAGUGAAGGGUCCCUGCGAUGUGAAAGCCCGCCAUCUCCCGAGCUGUCGGUAGAGUGCUGCUAUGGGGAUUUGUGUAACAUGAACAUCUCCUUGCAGUCACUGGUGAAAGAUAUAGAACUGUCUGCUGGCAGACCAGUCCUCAGAGAGCAAGAGUGUGUGUGUGCGGGUGGCGUGUGUGAGCGUGACCAUCGCUGCACAGGGCAGCAGUGUUUCUCCUCUCUGAAGAUGAUUGAUGGGGCGGCUGUCCAACAGAAGGGCUGCCUGAGGGACGACGAGGAGGGCAGAACCACCUGUGCUACGCCACCCUCGUCGGGCCAUGUUGUCAAGUGCUGCCAGGGCCAUCUGUGUAACAUGAACGUCACUGUGCAAGCUCCCGGGAAAGAGGAGGAAGUGAAGGCCCUGAUCAGACAGGAGCACGAGUGUGUGUGCGAAGGCAGCUCGUGUGUAACGGGGAAUCGCUGCAAGGGCCACCAGUGUUUCUCUUCUCUGACCGUCAGCGGCGGCUCCCUGGUGUACCAGAAAGGCUGCUUUAAGGUUUACGAGCAGAGUACAAUGACCUGCAAGACCCCACCUUCCAGAGACCAGAUCGUGGAGUGCUGCCAGGGGUCCCUGUGUAACAUGAACAGCACCGUGGAGCUGCCCAUCAAAGCUAAUGAGCUGCCAAACUACAGUGUGACCACGCUGGCUAUUGUGAUCGUGGCACCCAUCAUCGUCCUCAUCGUCCUCUCUGCCGUUGCCAUCCUAGUGUUUAGACGCAUUCACCACAACCAAAUGGAGAGACCGACUUCACGAGAUGCUGAAUAUGGAACUAUCGAUGGCCUCAUAGCAUCGAAUGUGGGGGAGAGCACUCUGGCGGAUUUGCUGGAUCAUUCCUGCACUUCAGGCAGUGGCUCAGGACUUCCAUUCCUUGUUCAGAGAACCGUUGCUCGACAAAUUACACUCAAUGAGUGUGUGGGUAAGGGCCGUUAUGGUGAGGUGUGGAGGGGUCAGUGGCAGGGAGAAAGUGUCGCCGUCAAGAUCUUCUCCUCCAGAGAUGAGAAGUCCUGGUUCCGAGAAACUGAGAUCUACAACACCGUGCUGCUGAGACAUGAGAACAUCCUCGGCUUCAUAGCUUCAGACAUGACCUCGAGGAAUUCCAGCACUCAGCUGUGGCUGAUCACUCACUUCCAUGAGAUGGGCUCCUUGUAUGACUACCUUCAACUCAGCACGCUGGAUGCCUCCGGCUGCCUCCGCAUGGCCCUCUCCAUCGCCAGUGGCUUGGCACAUCUCCACGUUGAGAUCUUCGGCACACAGGGCAAACCGGCAAUCGCCCACAGAGACCUCAAGAGCAAAAAUAUAUUGGUUAAAAAGAAUGGACAGUGCUGCAUUGCUGACCUUGGUCUGGCAGUCAUGCACUUUCAAGAUACCAACGAGCUCGAUGUGGGGAACAACCCUAAAGUCGGUACAAAGCGAUACAUGGCCCCCGAGGUGCUCGAUGACUCCAUCCAGAUGGACUGCUUUGAGUCCUACAAGAGAGUGGACAUCUGGGCCCUGGGCCUCGUCCUGUGGGAGAUUGCCAGGAGGACAGUCAGCAAUGGCAUCGUAGAGGACUACAAGCCACCUUUUCAUGAUGUGGUCCCAAGUGAUCCCAGUUUUGAGGACAUGAAGAAGGUUGUGUGUGUGGAUCAGCAGAGGCCCAAUAUCCCAAAUCGAUGGUUUUCAGACCCAACAUUAACCUCCAUGGCCAAACUCAUGAAGGAGUGCUGGUACCAGAAUCCAUCAGCCAGAUUAACAGCAUUACGCAUCAAAAAGACUCUGACAAAGAUCGACAACUCUCUGGACAAAAUCAAAACAGACAUUUGAGCCUGGCCGGAGAAGACGAUGCAGACAUUUACUAAAGACCUUUGAAGACAUCCAGAGGGUGGACCAGCUCAGAGAAAUCUCAGAAAUCAAGAGACUUUGAUGGGUUCAGUGCCCUUAUAGUGGCACAGACCUAUAUUUAUUUUAAAACACUUGGCGGGACACAUUUUGGCAUCCAAAGAUGGCUUACCGGGCAUUCCUGAGACUGCCAGUGGUCUUGGAAAUAGGAAAAUAUCUACUCAACUUAUAACACUAUAAGAAAUGUUCUUCAAGGAAGAAACUGUUACCUGGGCAUUUGAGUAGGCUAGAACCACAGAUAUUAUUUCACCCUUUUUUUUAUUCUAAUACCUGAAAAAUGUCAGAACAUUUUAAAGUCAGUGAUCAUGUCAGCAGUUUUCCUUGAUCCCUGUAAUUGUAACUGCAUCGUUUGUUUGAUUUAUGGCGAAUCAUCUGGAAAAGAUGUCAACUUGCCAAUUUAUCCAGCAUUCUUUUCUGAAUACAGUAAGGGUCACAGCAAGUAGUGUUGUUUUACUUAGUGUGUCAUGCACCGCUGUUUACAAUGCUGUCGGAACAAGUUACUCAAGAUCUCGACAAUCCUGUGACAUUUAGGUGUACAGCUGUGUCACUGUUCCUUUUCCUUAUGUAUCGCCCAACUGAAGGUACUCUGUUGCAGGCUUUUUUUGUAUAUCAUCAUGGAUUUUACAUUGAAUUAUAUACCUGUUCUAUGUUUUGUUUCUUCAGCUUUACAGACACAAAUGCUAAAAGAACAAAUAAAAUAUCUGCUAGAUGACGCUGAGCUCUGUCUCUCCAGAGGCCUGUAAAGUAAAGCCUGUAUACUGUCUUAACGCGUGCAUUGUCAAGUAAAUGAAGUCAAACUUCAGCCUUUUUUUAUUUCUUUAACAUUUUAUAUCAAUUAGUGAUUUAUAUUAAUUAAAUAGAAAAAGAAUGUA